GCCUGCCGCUGCCGUCGUGCCCGCCAACGGCUGGAUCGGCAUUGCGUCGAUCAGCGCUCGCCAGACGCCAUCGGCUGCAUCAGUCAGAGCUUGACCGGACGGGUCCGGGCAGCGUAGACCGAGCGAGCCCACGCCAUGGCGAGCUUGUCAUUCCUGACAACAGAGCUUCAGCUCUUGUCAGUCGAAGCCAAACGCAAGAACCCCGAGGUCAAGGAUGCAGCGGACAAGGCGCUCACACUCCUGCGUACAUCGCCCGAGCAAGCGCUCGCUGAUCUGCGACAGGAGUCGGCCGCUCUUGCCGGUCAAACGCCAAUAUUGCUCCAGCCCAUCUUGCUGGGAUGUCAAACGCGAGUGCCCAAAGUCGUCGCCAUCUCGAUUGGCAGUCUUCAGAGACUCGUCGGCGUCAGAGGCGCCAUCACCUCCUCUAAUAUAUCGCCUGUUCUGCAAACGCUGCGUUCGGUGCUCUCGCAGGGCGUAGAGAUACAGCUCAAGAUCCUACAGACCCUCGUUUCGCUGCUCACGACAGCCAAUGCGGUCAUCCAUGGCGAGAUGUUGGCCGAAUUGCUCUUGCUCAGCUUUAGAUUACAGGAAAGCAAGAUCGGUGUCGUCUCAUCUACGGCUGCGGCCACCCUCAGGCAGCUUGUCAUGAUCAUCUACGAAGGCGUUGUCCAGGAAGAUCGAACGAUAAAUGAUGCAGAUGAUAGUGUGCAGCUCGACGGCACAAGCUUCCAAGUCAGUCUGGACUCGGGAGAGAUGCUCAAGCUCGGUCCGUCUGCGCAUGAUGCCUAUCUUGUCUUCCAGGAUCUGUGUCUGCUCGUCAAGGGCGAGCCAGCCGUCUUCCUGCAACUCAAGUCGUUGCCGCGCACCUUUGGUCUCGAGCUCGUCGAGAGCGUCCUCUCUGAUUUCUGGCCAGUCUUCAAGAAGCAUCCAGAGCUACUCAAUCAGCUUCGCACGACACUCUCGCCCCUCUUGAUCACAGCCUUGGCCGAAAAGCCCACCUUUUCUGCAAGCCUCCGACUUAUGCGUGUCAUCUUCCUGCUCCUCAAACAAUUCAAUGACGAUCUCGUGGACGAGUCAGAAGUCUUCCUGUCCAUGUUUGUCAGAAUCCUAUCUGCGCCCGAAGCAGACCAAGCUUCACUGACAAGCGUCAGCACGCCUACGAUCGAGCAUCCUCCCAGCGCUGCACAUGCCUUGUCGAGAGAAGCAAGUCCGCCAUGGAUGCGCAUACUCGCGCUCGAGAUCUUCAGAGGCCUUUGCUCGGACUUUGAACUCCUGCGCAAGUUCUGGAACCGUUAUGAUGCUGCUCAAACGAUCUCAUCGGCCGCAGACCGCAAGUCUACGAGCGUAUUCCUGCCCAUGAUCAGCUCCUUCAAUCGCUUGGCAACAGAGAGGCCGCAGCUGCUCGGCGUGGGUGCCGAGAUCAUGUCUGGUUCCAGUUCGGGCGCGAUGCCCAGCGAAUAUUCAGUCAGCGGCAUGCUUGACGGGAUGGUCGAGAUGGCAACACAAGCCGCCAACAGCGUCGGGGUGAUCGGCACUGGCCAUGCCACCUCUUUGUCAGCUUCGACUGCAGCGAUGAAGUUGCAAUGCAUCGACCAGCUCGACAAGUCAGAUGCACCGCCCAUCCCAGAAACUUAUCAAUCCCUGCUGACGUUACACUGUCUUGUAUCUAUCGCAAAUGGGCUCGCCAACUUUGUGCUGCCUCUCUACAACACACAAGCUAGGCAAAGACCACGUUCUGCAGGCGAGCCGAUAAAUAUGGCCCAGGGCGUGCUUGAUCUCACCACCCUCGAGUCAGACUUGCAAGACCGGCUCAAGUCAGCCCAGGCUAUGUCGGAUGCAGGGUGGCCUGCACUGCUAGCCUCUCUCAGCUUCUUUGUCUCUGCCAAUAUUGACGAGGAACUCUUUCACGACACGCUAAAGGCAAUGCAAGCCGUCUGCAACGUUUGCGGUGUGCUCGGCCUCCAGACCCCCCGCGACGCUUUCUUGACCUCUUUGUGCAAAUUCGCGAUACCGCCUGCUAUACUGACAAGUCUGAUAACGAGCAUUGAGCCGUCCAAGCCUGCCAAUGAUACCAUCUCACCCCUUGCGCUCUCGAGUCAGCCGAUGAUGCUCAGUCUUCGCAAUCUCGCCUGUCUCAAAGCGCUGCUCAAUGUGGCACAGUUUCUGGCAGGGAGCUUAGACGCAGCCUGGUUUCACAUUUUCGCCACGCUCGCGAAUGCCGACUUUGUGCUACGCACAGAUAGCGCUCGACGGCAGAAGCAAAGGCAGAUCAAUGUACCCAUUAGCUCGACAUCGUCGCCCAUGAAAGCUCGUACGCCAUCAUCGUCCGGUCAGUCGGCUCAACAGCUUGCGCAAAAAGCUUCGCUAUACGAAGCCGAUGCAAAGGACGUGCACUUAGGCAUGACAAAGGUCUUUGACGCUUCGAAGACGCUAGAAGACGAAGCGUUCAGGUGGUUCAUUGCCGCGCUUUGCCGGCUCAAUGGCGAGAUGCUUGGAUUGGCCGUCAACGACUUGGGCGAGCCCGCCGAUCUUUCCAAAUCAGCGGAGCCUGCGCCUGCUGAGUCACCUGUCACCGCAAAGACAGGACGACGGCGUCAAGCAGAUGCAAGCGUCGUCAGGAUCUUGCGGCAGGGCGAAUCAUCCUUUGCCAUGACCAAGAUCUGCGACAUCGCUGUGCUCAAUAUUCAUCGUCUGAUCUAUCGCGAUGCUCGCAUGGGGUGGAGCCUCGUCACCUCUCACCUACUCGCUAUCGCACAGUGGCCGGAAGGUAACCAUCUUACGCGGACACAGGCAGCCGAUGCGCUAGAUCAGAUCUUGGCAGUCGCACCGCGAAAUGUCAGCAAUAGCAGCGAAGAGCAUCGCAGUCAAGUUCAGGAGCAGGUAUUGCUUGUCCUUGCUCAGCAAGCAUCGCCUCAGUCGCCACCUAGCUCCACUGAUGUCGAAGUACGCCGACUAUCACUCGAGACCUUAUUCAAGAUCAUCGAAUCAUCGGGACACUCAUUCGUCGGAAAUUGGCAUCGUGUCUUUACUAUGCUCAGAGCUGCAUGUCCGCUCAAUGACGACUCAGCUCGUGUACCGGCGCUUGUCAGGAUGAGCUUUCCGUCGCUUCAACUGAUCUGCUCCGACUUUCUGGCGUCACUGGAUCCACAGGCUCUCCACAUGUGCGUCGAUACGCUAGCAGAUUAUGCCAAGCAGACUGCAGACAUCAACGUUGCUCUUACGUCGGGGGGCCUGCUGUGGAAUGUCUCUGAUCACAUACAAGGGCGCAGGAGCGAGGAUGAACUCGGAUUCGGCACUCUCUGGUUGACUUUGUUGGCGCGACUGCUCACGCUGCAGCAGGACGAGAGGCAAGAGGUCCGGGACGGCUCUAUCCAGACUCUGUAUCGCUGCGUCCUGCUAUAUGGCGGCGCGCUUGACGCUUCCACUUGGGAUAAGGUCCUGUGGGAUAUCAUCUUUCCGCUCUUCCGCUCAUUGUCGAGCUCGAGCUAUGCAAGCGCUUCGCGAGUACCUGAGCAGAGCGUCAGCAAGGAGGCAGAAGAGGCGCGCACUUUGCUGGUUAAGCAAUGGAGUGACAGCAGAAUCCUAGCGAUGGGCUUCAACGGCCAGCUUUUUCACGACUACAUACUGAAGAUUGCGAAUACCGAACGCUUCGCCGAGGCUUGGCGGAUGAUGCUGGCCCAACUCGUCGAGGCGUAUACCUCGGGCCAAGACGCAGUCGCAACGGCGGCGAUGACUUCGCUAGGCAAAAUGCUUGCUGCGCCAAUGGAGGAUAGCUCCAGCUAUUCAGAAAGGCUCGGAGAGGCAUGGCAAGCAGCGUGGGAUGCUUGGGCAUCGAUGGGCGCAUUGCUGCGACCCGGCGUGCCUGUCGAGAGCAAAGACGCAAGCUUCAGUCAGGCUACUUUGCGUGCAUUUGUCGAGGUUGCAAAGCCCCUGCUCGGAAGGUCGCUACUAUCUCUCAAUCUCCAGCGCAGCGUUCAGGUUCUAGCGAUCAUGCACGACGUGCAGCUUUGGAACCGUAGCGACGACUAUCGGCCUGAUGUCGACUCACUCACGAACGUGCAACAAUCUGUUCUGGAGGUCAUAGACCUGCUCGAUCUGUCCGUGCCCGGCGUAUCUUCGCGUGUGCUGGUCGAGCUUUCAGAUUACGCGACUUUCGCUUAUACGACUGCGCUACCCUCUCCGACAUCUCCAAGUCCAGUGCGAAGGCUUACCUUCGUUGCGCUGGCAAAGGACACAAUGCCUCGAAUCGGUGGCCUGUACACGAAGCACGCCGGCUCGCUCGAACUGUACACCAGUGCCGCUGUUGAGCAUGUGCUCGCUGCAUUUGCCAUACCCAUGAAGCUCAAGUAUGAAUGUCCCCCGCCAGCCAAAUUCGGCAAUGAUCUGCCGCUCUGGAAGACGGCCACCAAUCUCUUCAUGGAUCUGGCAACUCUUCUCAUCCGCACGAUCGUCAAGAUUCGAUCCGAUUUACCUCCAAAGACGUAUGCAAUGAUAUGGCAACAGCUCGUCUCGACCAUCGCGGGCGGCUUGUUAGCUGACAACAAGCCCGUUCGUAACCUCUCGAGCGCAGCCCAGAUCGAGGCCGAGGAGUACGAUCGUCAGCUCCUCAAUUUCAUCGAAGCGUCCAUAUUGCCCCACGUCAGCCAUGUCUCUAUUGAAGACACAACGCUGCUCAGAUUGGCGACGACCCUUCAAAAUUGCUCCCGGCUAUACGAUCUCAUCCUGCCCAGCCAUGACAGUCGCAAGGCAAAGGCAAAAGCGCUUGCAAUGCAAGAUGGUGCGAGCGAAGCGCGUUUCGCACAAUCCUUUGAGGAGCAAGCGGCUGGACAUUGCAUCGGCACAACGGCUGAGAUCGAGGAGGUCACUCGUCCGCGUUGGGCAUUCUGGUCUUUCAACGUGCUUGCCAAGCUCGUCGCUGCCGAUCCUACCAACGACACUGCAGAGGCGAGCAGAAUGGCGAGGCUAGCUUUGCCGAUCUAUCUAAGUCGCUGUAUCGCUGCCGUCAAGACGUACAUUGCCGAUGCGACGUGUCGGGGCAAGCUACCUUUUCCGAGGAUACGAGUCGACGAGCUCAGCUACGUGAUGAAGAGCUUGCUUGAUCUUGAGCUUCGGGAAGGAUGCUUCCAAGCGGCAUUCGCCGAUCAUCAUGGCCAAAAGAACGGCAAAGCGACUCACCAUCGCGCGAUUCUCGUGGACGAGCUACAACGCUCUCCGGCGGCCCAUCUAUUCCACAUCUAUCCUUUAUUGCUCACGCUCAACGGGAUGACGGAGAUUGCGCUGACGAUGCCUCCACCAGUGCGACAGAAGUCUUCCGGAAUGUUCUCGAGGCGGACGUCAAGCAAUGCCACUGCAACACUUACUUCUGAACCUCGAGAUGCGAGGACGCUCAGCCGGUUGUGCCUAGAGCGAGUCGGCCGGACCAUUGCGCUCGGCGACACACUUGUGCUCUAGUUGCAUGGAUAGAUUGUACAACAUGUGCAUUGUCUAGUCUAUGCCCAGAUCGAGACCGUCGCUGGGUGGUAGGUCUGCUUUGCUGGUCGUAGCCUGCUCGCCAACUGUCGCGUGAGGUGAUGGCUCUGGCUUGCUCUCUGAUGCCGUAGCUUCGGUCUCAGCGGAAGUCUUGCUAGGUUGCCUGUCAGCUGCGGCGAGUCCCUUCUCGGCCAAUAUGGACUCAUCGAUGAUGUCAAAGACGACAACGAAGAACGUUCGCUUGCCGUCCUCGGUCUGACAGACAUAGCGAACGGGCUGAC